ACGCCCUGCUCGUCACUUCCGGCGCGAGGGCCGGACCGGCCGGGCCGGGAGUGCGGGUCUGUGCUGUGCGCACUGCCGGACGAGGCUCCCGCCGCCGAGUGACCCGCGCUCCGCCCCCGCAGCCGGGCCGGGACCCUAGUGGCUCAUGUCCGAAGAAAGCAGCUCUUUAAGAACCAGCCCUUCUGCAACCUCCCUCUCCGAGAAUGAGCUGGCCGCCCCGCCCGAGCUGCCCGAGCCACCGGGCUACGUGUGCUCCUUGUCUGAAGAACUGGUCGCCAAAGCCCGGGAGGAGCUGCAGGAGAAGCCUGAGUGGCGGCUUCGGGACGUGCAGGCCCUCCGGGACAUGGUGCGGAAGGAGUACCCGAACCUGAGCACGGCCCUCGAUGAUGCCUUCCUGCUACGCUUCCUCCGAGCCCGCAAGUUCGACUAUGACCGGGCCCUGCAGCUCCUAGUCAACUAUCACAGCUGCCGGAGGAGUUGGCCGGAAGUCUUCAGUAACCUGAGGCCAUCAGCCCUGAAGGACGUCCUGGCUUCAGGCUUCCUCACAGUGCUGCCCGACACUGACCCCCGGGGCUGCCACGUCGUCUGCAUCCGCCCAGACAGGUGGAUCCCCAGCAACUAUCCCAUUACCGAAAACAUCCGCGCCAUAUACUUGACCUUAGAAAAACUCAUUCAAUCUGAAGAAACCCAGGUGAAUGGAAUUGUGAUUCUGGCAGACUACAAAGGAGUGAGCUUAUCAAAAGCGUCUCAUUUUGGCCCUUUUAUAGCCAAAAAGGUGAUCGGCAUCCUCCAGGAUGGUUUCCCCAUUCGGAUAAAGGCAGUGCACGUGGUGAAUGAACCACGGAUAUUCAAAGGCAUCUUUGCCAUCAUCAAACCAUUUCUCAAGGAGAAAAUAGCAAACAGAUUCUUCCUCCAUGGGUCUGACCUGAACUCUCUCCACACAAACCUCCCAAGAAGCAUUCUCCCCAGGGAAUAUGGGGGCACAGCUGGCGAGCUGGACACUGCCACCUGGAACGCAGUGCUGCUGGCCUCAGAGGAUGACUUUGUGAAAGAGUUCUGCCAACCUGUCCCCACCUGCGACAGCAUCUUGGACCAUGCGCUGCUGCCAGAGGGCCUAACCUCAGAUGUGCAGUGUGAUGACUCCAUGCGAGCUGUGAAAUCCCAGCUGUACUCCUGCUACUAACCAGUCCCCCACGGGUGUCACCAUCUUUCCAUCCUUUCCUUUUCCCUUUGGAAACACCCAAGGUGAAUUUAAGGGGCCAAGGAUUCAAUCUCACUCCUUGGGAUUCAACAGUGGCAUUGAGGAGCAGCCUUUGGAGAGCUUUAACCAUGAGCCCAUCAUGGACUAAACGUCUCCUACUUGAAUUACUCCAUGUAAGGAGUGGGAAAUGGGCCCAAGGAUCUCCCAGUGUUUGGAAUCUUGGUUUGCAUCUCUUAAUCCACAGCUACAUGGGUUCUCAUGCAUGUCAGAAGCAAGACGUGUCAGGGCCCACAUCACCCUGAGUCCAUUUUCCAGAGGAAACAGCCCAACUGGCCAGUUGGCAUUGUUUUUGUGAGACCAUCUGGUCAAACCCAGAGAUGGACAGCGGUGAGCUUUGGCUUGAGGUGUUUGUGUCUUUCACAGGAGCCACUGUAGACAUCUGCUGCUCAUCAGGAAACAAGUUAGAGGCCCAGACCCCAGUUGCCAUCAGUGGGCUUGAAAAGGACCUGCUCCUACUCCAGUAAGCUUGAGGAUGGUCAGCACUCCCUGGUGACAUCCGGAAGCCAGAGACCAAAGCACUGCAGGAAUCCGCUAGCUGAAUCUUGUGAUAGAAAGUUGGAUUUUUCUAAACCCAAAAAGCCUUAGCCCUGGGUCUUGGUAGACUCUUUCAGGGUCCUAGAAGUAUGGGAUUUU